AUGUCAAAGGUUAUCUGCCGGAAAGACGAAAUCGAUUUAGUCGGAAGCGGGAAUUCACCUCAACUUAAGAAGAGGUACAUUCUGGGACUGAUUAAGCAUUUCAUAAUUGCUUACUCAGCGGUUAGUUUAUAUACUCACAAAAAUUUAUUUAAAAAUUUCAAUCAAAAGUAUCAAUUAAUGUUACCUAUUUUGUGUUUGCCAAUACUUACUUAUGGCACAGCUAUGGGCUGGAUAUCACCGAAUAAGAAACUCCUCAUGGGUAAAGAUUCUCCAUCAAACCCACCAUUGACGGAAGAUGACAUAUCCUGGAUGGCUUCCAUCAUGUUUAUAUUCGCCCCCAUAGCCGUCUUCAUUUAUGGAACAGCUGCUGAUAGGUUUGGAAGGAAAAGAGCACUUAUCUGCGCAUCAAUUCCAAUAUCGAUCGGCUGGGCCAUCAAGUUAAUAUCGGCACGUCCCGUAGCCCUGAUAGCCGCACGCGCUCUAAUCGGCUUCGGUUCUGGCGGCGGUUUUGUUGUUUGUCCGCUGUAUGUUAAAGAAAUAAGCGAAGACAGCAUCAGAGGAAUGACAGGAACCUUCGUUAUAUUCUCACAGACUGUUGGGAAUUUACUCAUGUUUGUUCUUGGCGAUUUGCUGCCAUUUCACACGGUUCUUUGGAUACUACUCGCUGUGCCGUUAGUACAUUUCUGUGUGCUGCUCAAACUGCCAGAGACACCAUCUUAUCUCAUCAAAUGUGGCAAGAAUGAGGAGACAGCAAAAGUAUUAGGCUGGCUGCGAUCACUUCCCCCUACAGAUAAAACAAUCACUGAAGAGGUUGAUAGACUCAAUAUAGAGCAGACGAAAUGUGAACCGAAGUUUUCACCCAGAUUAUUAUUUUCCGAUAAGACCGCCUUAAAAGCGUUCUGGGUAGCGCUCAUAGUGAACCUUACAAGAGAAUUCUGUGGCUGCAUCGCCGUCUUAGUUUACGCGAGCCACAUCUUCACUGAAGCUAGUAAAGAUCAGAAUUCAAGCAUCUCGCUGUCACCCAACAAACAAUCGAUUGUGCUCGCUGCUGUUCAGAUAUUUGGGUCGUUUUUGGCUUGCCAGCUCGUUGAUAGGGCUGGAAGAAAGCCGCUUCUAGCGUUAACUAGCGCGCUCGCUGGCUUCAGUAUGUGUGUGCUGGGUGCGUGGUUCUACCUUCAGAGUGUGGGUACAUCACUAGCCGGCUGGUUACCAAUCGCCGCUUUGUGUACUUGUAUCUUUGCGGACGCUUUGGGAUUACAGCCAUUACCAUUCGUUAUAAUGACUGAGAUGUUCAGUUUUCAGUUGCGGGGCACAGUGGCAACACUAAUAAUGGCGAUAUCUUUAGGCACUGAUUUCGCGCUCUUAAAACUGUUCGCGCCAUUAAAUUCUUGGAUCGGAUACCACUACACCUUUUGGGGUUUUAGUUUUAUAUGUCUAUCUAACGUUUUCUAUCUUAUAUUCUGUGUACCAGAAACUAAAAUGAGGUCCUUAGAAGAUAUUUAUGCUGAUUUAGAAGGCAGGAGUAAAAGUAAUGACAAAAAAGUCGUAAACGACACUGUAGUUGAAACUCAUCAUGUAUAA